AUGGCGACAAAGAGGAAGCUCGCCAAGGUCGCUGCACCCGUCAGCCAGAGCGCCAAACUGCCCAACUCCACCAGGAUAGACGAGACCAGAACAUCAGUCACAGUGCCCAUACCUGCGAAAUCCAAGUCAUCAAAACAAGUCGAGACAAUUGAAAUUUCAAGUGACUCUGAGAGCAAUUACGACGACAUCUCUGACGUCGAUGAUGACGAGGAGGCCGAAAAGCAGACUGCAGAUCCAGCACGGUCGCAAGACGAAGUGGACGGGGAUGAAGAUACCGAAAUGAAAGAGGAGGGCGGGGAAUCCGAUGCUGAGCCCACAUUCGGUGACCUGAUCCGCAACCACGACACAGUCGACGUCGCCGCUGCACUCGGCGGCCAGCAAUUGACUGGUGCAAGCACAGCCUUGACAGCCGCCCCCCAACGACAAAUAGCACCUCCCUCCACCUCCUCCAUCGGCAUAGUCCUUGCACAGGCUCUCCGGACUGACGACGCAGACCUUCUCGAGUCUUGCCUCCAAACCUCAGAUGCAACUAUCAUCCGCAACACUAUCCAGAGACUAGACUCCAGCCUCGCAGGAGCCCUGCUCACACAACUCACCUCACGUCUUCACAGGCGCCCGGGACGUGCACACAACCUCAUGACCUUUGUUCAGUGGACACUGAUCGGCCAUGGUGGCGCCUUGGCAACCCAGCCAGACAUCCAGAGACGGCUUGCCGAGCUGAACAGGGUAUUGGAGGAGAGAACAAGAGGCUUGAACAGCCUGCUUGCGCUGAAGGGCAAACUGGACAUGCUGGAGGCACAGAUGACCCUGCGCCGUGGGAACAAGUCUCGCCGAGCAUCAGGCAAGGGCCAUGACGACAGCGACAGCGAUGAGGACGAGGACAACGCCGAGGAGGGUAUUGUUUACGUGGAAGGACAGGAGGACGAUAUUACGUCGAAUGGGGUAUCACGGCGGAGAGAUGAUGACGAGGACGACUUCCCUGCAGUCAACGGGGUUGCCUCUGAUUCCGAGGAAGAGUCAGGCGAUGAAGACGAGGAUGACAUGGACGUUGACGAGUUCGCCGAGGAGUCAGUAGACGAGGACGAGGUGGAUCAUGACGAUAUCGAGGAGGACUCAGCUGAGGAAGACGAGAGCGAGGCUGAGGUUGCACCACCUGCGAAGGUGCAGAAGAAAAGCAAAUCAUCCUUUUCGAAAAAGAGGUGA